GUUUUCAAUGUGGUGUCAGUAAUGCUCGGAUAAUUUACAGGCAGGCUGUGCUGAUACUGUGCGUUACACUGGGAGGAGGUGCCCUGGCUGUUGAGUAGCGCACUGUGCAGCCCCUCUAGUGGUGUGUAUUAGUAAUGCACACGGAGCCCCUCUAGUGGUGUGUAUUAGUAAUGCACACGGAGCCCCUCUAGUGGUGUGUAUUAGUAAUGCACACGGAGCCCCUCUAGUGGUGUGUAUUAGUAAUGCACACGGAGCCCCUCUAGUGGUGUGUAUUAGUAAUGCACACGGAGCCCCUCUAGUGGUGUGUAUUAGUAAUGCACACGGAGCCCCUCUAGUGGUGCGUAUUAGUAAUGCACACGGAGCCCCUCUAGUGGUGCGUAUUAGUAAUGCACACGGAGCCCCUCUAGUGGUGUGUAUUAGUAAUGCACACGGAGCCCCUCUAGUGGUGCUAUUAGUAAUGCACACGGAGCCCCUCUAGUGGUGUGUAUUAGUAAUGCACACGGAGCCCCUCUAGUGGUGUGUAUUAGUAAUGCACACGGAGCCCCGGCGAGCGCUGCUUCAGCUCACAUAAACGCGACUAAUUCCAGCUGCACAGUCUGGAUCGAGGGGGCUGCUAACUGGGCAGGACUGGGCUAUUCGACUUGGGCUGCCAGGAAGAAAUGCAACACAAAUCUGUAUUCCGACCCCCACGUUAAACUGUUCCAGCAGGUGAGGGUGACGGGUCACACCCCCCCCCCCCCGGACAGGCGGUUCCGGCUUCAAAGUUGUUUGAAUGUCGUCUAGUUCUCCGCCGCCCUGGCAACCUGGCCUCGCGUUGCUAAGGAAGCAGGUGGCAGCUUGGCGGUGGCACAGCCGGGCGAGACAUGGCUGGGAGCAGGUCGGUCGGAGAGUUGGUCCUCCGUGGACACAAAAUCAGCAUCGGGGUGAAGAUGAACGGCUGCCUGAGCAGCUCUCAGAGAACCAGCACCACUCGUCACCUGUCAGCCUGCGCCCCUCGGGACAGCCUGGGCAGCCCCCCCGAUCGUCCCCCAUGGGACGGCGCGGCGCAGCCUCCAGUCAGCAGGGGGAGUCCUGACAUCGACGAGCUGGGCGGCGCAGCCUCCAGUCAGCAGGGGGAGUCCUGACAUCGACGAGCUGGAGCGCACCCUGAGUGUGCUGAAGAUGCAGGUGCGCAGCUUGGCUUCCGGUCUGGACCUGGGUUCGAGGACAGAGGGGGCUGGGGGCUCCGACGUGACAACCGGCACUCAGGACCGGGCCGCCAGCAGGGAGCAUGCCCAAAUGGAUUGGUUCUUGAACCCAGAGCACCUGGUUGACAGCCCGCUGGGAGCCCCCCAGUACCCAGGGAUGCAGAGCCAGGGGGGGGGGGGCAGGGGCAGACAGGGCUGUGUCCCCAGCAGGCAGGCUGGGCAAUGAGCUCGCCAGCAGACUCUACCCCAGCCUGUCCUGGGGCUCCCUGCUGGACCUGCCCUUCUCUCUGGGCUCCCCCCAUGUUAUCGGGGUACGCCCCCUGCUGCCCCCUGACCCCCCGGUCAGGAUGCGGAGGCCCCGGUCCAGGGCACCCCCUCCCCGCAGUUGCAGGGGGGACCCCCAAGAUCCCAGAGCGCGCUCGCUGUCACCCCAGCCCAAGAGGAAGCACUGUCACCACACGCACUCCCAUUCCCCUCGGCCCGCCUGGAGACCCAGCUCCGCCAGGCCCGCCCCCCCAGGAGACCCUCUUGCUGGGGGGACUGGCAGCCAUGGAGCCCCUACAGCCUGGCUCCCCCUGCCCUGCACACUGCACCGGGAGCACUGGAGCUGGGAGAGAGGUUCCUGUGGUCCAUGUCUCAGCAGGAAGUGCAUCACUCGCUGCUGGAGCAGUCCCCGUAUCAGCAGGAGCUGUCCCGCCUCUGGCUAGAGCGCCUCCUUGUGGAGGAGGACCUGCUACUGCAGCUGAAGAGACAGCAGGGGCUGGAGAGGACCAGGGGGCCCAGAGAGCAGUGGUACGCUAUGAAGGGGCCGCAGUUUCAUUACGAAGCUCGCAAGAACAACGAGCUCCUGAGGGGCAGCCUCGACCAGCCGGCCCUGCAGCACUACAGGUAGGAGCUGCUGGCAGCCUCCCAGGACCGGAGCCACAGCGCCCCCUGGCAGUGAGGGGGAGCAGCUGCACGGGCUGGAGGGGACUCGCAAAGCUGUGCAAGUCAGACAGCCCUGAGGCUCUGGGGCUGAGCAGCCAGGAUCACUGAAAGCAAUAGCAAGACACUUGAAGCAUGACAAGAGCUUUGCUCAGGAUCCUCAGCGCUUUCUUGGCAGUUGGUUUUAGUAUUUCCACAUUCAGAGGGUUCAGUACUUAGGGGUCAUUGCUGGGUGCAAGGUGGCUGUUGAGACUGACAAGAGGAGAGCGUGCUGCUGGAGGCUCCUGAGACAAGCUGCUUAAACCCAGACUGUCAACCUGUCCUGAUGUACUGGCUUCUCAUGCUGAUCUGCAGAGACAGUCAGAGACUGCAAAGCCUUUACUUUAUAUUACCAUUUUGUAAAUGUCACCUCAGAAAUGAUGGGGCCACAAUGCUUGUAUGUUUGGAAUACAGUGUCUGGGUAUAGAAGAGAGAUUGUACUU